GACCACGCUGAAGCAACGCUACCAAACUCAAAACCACUAGACAAAGACCCACUUGUUUGCCAAAAUGUCGAGCCCAGUUUGGUUGCCACCCCCACCCAACAGGAACCGCCCCUUGACCCAGACCCAGCCGCAGCCGCCACCGCCGCGCCGAACCAGGCAAUACUAUGCGAAUCGAGUCAAGGAGAGCCUCACAAGCCGCGCCGUUAGAUGCGUGUGCGCCAUCUUCUUGACCCUCCUCCUCAUCUUUGGUGUCAUUGCAUUUGUUCUAUGGCUCAGCCUGCGCCCACACAGGCCAAGGUUUCACAUAGAGGGCUUCUCGUUUCCAGGCAUCAGCCAAAACGGUAGUCUCCAAAACACGCUUAUCACGAUCAAUUUCACGAUCCGAAAUCCCAAUCAGAAAAUCGGGAUCCACUACGACAGCAUGGAGGCCCAAGUCUUCUAUAGGGAACGACUGCUUGGGCAGACCCCGUUGGUCUCCCACUUCUAUCAAGGUCCCAAGAACACCACCGUGGUCCUAGGCCAGGUCAAUGCCACGCCGCUGCCCGCCACCGAUCCCGUUUGGCAGAGCAUCGUCUCCGAUCGGUCCACCGGCAAGGUCGGAUUCAGGAUAGAGAUGACGAUCGAGGUCCGGUCGAAGGUCGCGUCGUGGAACGCCCGGAAGGCCCACGCGAUGCACGUCGAGUGCCUGGUGGAUGUGGGCUCGGAUGGGUUGAUCUUGCCGGAGUCCGUCGACCGAAGGUGUCCGGUUUACAUUUACUAGUGUCAAAUUAAUGCUUUUAGGCAUUUGGCUUGUUUAUGUGAUUUUGUGUAAAAACGAUUCAAUUCUGCGAUGUGUAGUAAUGAAGCAGCUCUUUAUGGAAACUCAUACCCCAAGUCUUUCUCAUA